CCGGGUUAGCCCUCAGCUAAUAGUUUUUAGCAGCUGUCCGUUUUAUAAGUUGAUGCAAAGGGAAACAAACGGAGGGUUCUUGAAGAUCUCGUUGAAGCUUUCRUUUUGAAAAUGAGAACCGUUUUGAUGGUUGCAGAGAAACCAUCCUUGGCUCAGUCGAUUGCCAAAAUCCUCUCCAAAGGAACUUGCACAAGUCGUAAGGGGUUGAAUGGAACCUGCUCGGUGCAUGAAUACACAGGCAGUUUUCAAGGCCAAACGGUCCGCUUUAAGAUGACUUCUGUAUGUGGACAUGUGAUGUGUCUGGAUUUCACUGGGAAAUACAACAACUGGGACAAGGUGGACCCUGCAGAACUCUUUGGUAAAGCUCCAACAGAAAAGAAGGAGGCCAAUCCUAAACUUAACAUGGUGAAGUUUCUCCAAGUUGAAGCCAAAGGCUGUGACUAUGUUGUUUUAUGGUUGGACUGUGAUAAAGAAGGGGAGAACAUCUGUUUUGAGGUUCUGGAUGUCAUCCAACCAGUAAUGAAUAAAGCAAUUGUCAUGGAUCAGACUGUGCUGCGUGCCAAAUUUAGUUCCAUAACAGACACUGACAUCUGGAAUGCUAUGAACUGCCUGGGAAAACCGAACCGGAAUGAAGCCUUGGCAGUUGAUGCUCGUCAGGAGCUGGAUCUGCGUAUCGGCUGCGCCUUCACUCGGUGUUUAAAGGAAAAGAAAACCCUCUGACACUGGAAUGGAACAGGGUGAGAGUCUUUGACAGAGAGGUGGGGCAAAUGUUCCUCAACAUGGCCAAAACAUCCAGAGAGGCUCGGGUGGAGUUGGUGAGUAAAAAGGAGAAGGCCAAGCAGAGGCCACAGGCGUUGAACACUGUGGAGAUGUUAAGGGUGGCCAGCUCCGCUUUAGGCAUGGGCCCCCAGCAUACCAUGCAGAUUGCAGAACGCCUGUAUACCCAGGGCUACAUUAGUUACCCACGUACUGAGACAACCCACUACCCAGAGAACUUUGACCUGAAGGGAACACUGAAGCAACAGACCAGCAACCCCAUUUGGGCAGAAGAGGUAAACGCUUUGCUGUUAACCGGUUUAAACCGACCCAGGAAUGGAACUGAUGCAGGAGAUCAUCCACCCAUUACACCCAUGCGAGCAGCUACAGAGGGGGAACUGGGAAGUGAUGGCUGGAGGUUGUAUGAGUACAUCACACGGCACUUUAUUGCCACUGUCAGUCAAGAUUGCAAGUACCUUCAAACCAUAAUAGACUUCGUUAUUGGCACUGAGGCCUUCUCAUGUACUGGGAAAUCUCUUCUUUCAGCAGGGUACACUGCAGUAAUGCCAUGGCAAGGCAUUGCCCUGGAAGAAGCCAUACCAGUUUGUGAACGUGGAGACACUUUUAUGGUUGAUGAGAUCAAACUGACAGAAAAACAAACCAAUCCACCUGACUACCUGACAGAGGCUGAACUCAUCACGCUCAUGGAGAAACAUGGCAUCGGUACUGAUGCCAGCAUCCCUGUCCACAUCAACAACAUCUGUCAGAGGAACUAUGUGACAGUAGAGAGCGGACGCAAACUAAAACCAACCAAUCUGGGCAUAGUCCUGGUACAUGGCUACUACAAGAUAGAUGCAGAGCUUGUGCUGCCUACCAUACGCAGCGCUGUGGAGAAGCAGCUGAACCUCAUUUCUUUGGGGAAGGCAAACUACCAGCAGGUUCUUCAGCAUGCACUUGAUAUCUUCAAGAGGAAGUUUCAUUACUUUGUGGAUUCCAUCACUAGCAUGGAUGAGCUGAUGGAGGUCUCCUUUUCCCCUAUUGCUGCCACUGGAAAGCCCCUUUCACGCUGUGGCAAAUGUCAUCGUUUCAUGAAGUACAUCCAGGCCAAGCCCAGCAGGCUCCACUGCUCCCACUGUGACGAGACCUACAGUCUUCCCCAGAAUGGAGCCAUCAAGCUGUUCAAAGAGCUCCGCUGUCCCCUGGAUGACUUUGAGAUUGUUCUGUGGACCUCCGGGGCCCGAGGCAAAAGUUAUCCACUGUGUCCAUAUUGCUUCAGUCACCCGCCUUUCAGGGACAUGAAGAAAGGUAUGGGGUGUAAUGAAUGUACCCACCCAUCCUGCCAGCAUUCCCUCAACUCUUUGGGCAUUGGACAGUGUGUGGAGUGUGACAGUGGAGUUUUGGUGCUUGAUCCCACCUCUGGACCAAAGUGGAGGAUGGCUUGUAAUAAAUGCAAUGUAGUGGUGCAUUUCUUUGAACAUGCCCACAAAGUGCAAGUUGCUCAGGAAAGCUGUGAUGCAUGCGAUGCCUUCCUAGUAGCUGUAGACUUCAACAAAACCCGCACACCACUUCCUGACAAUGAGACCCAACACACUGGCUGUGUUUUCUGUGAUCCUGUCUUCCAGGAUGUGGUGGAACUUAAACACGCCACCAUGAGGCACUUCAUGUAUCGAGGUGGAGGUGCAAAACGAGGAGGACGAGGCCGAGGCAGGGGGCGUCGGGGCAAUCCUAAAAAACCCAAAGAUAAAAUGGCUGCAUUGGCUGCAUAUUUUGUAUAGAUUUAGUACUGGGUGUGACAUUCUUUGCUUGGCAGAUGAUAUUACAAACCAUUUGUGAAUAYAUAAAUUUCUGAUUUUCCAUUCGUUAGACCAAAAUAAACAUUCAUUCAAACAGUU